UGCUGCACAGUCCCACUUGCCACGAAUGCACAAUAAUGUUGGAGCAGAAUGUUCUUCUUCUUCACAAGCUGUCGCUGAUUCUCCAAAACCCUGGAAUUCCAACUUCCUUUCCUCGACUCAACAGUCACUGAACUCGCGACUCAGAAAUGGCGAGUAUUACAAAACUUACCCUCUGCCUUGUUUUCUUCCUCCUACUCUCCUUCCCACUAACGCUUUCUUCACCACUUCACCUCCGAUCCUCCAAAAAUGCCCCUCGCUUUCUCGCCGACUUCUCCCGUACAAUCAACAAUAGUAGACCGUUAAAAUAUUCUAAAUACCGGUACGAGACCCGAUAUUUUGACCAGAUUCUGGACCACUUUAGCUUUUCGGAUCUUCCUACGUUCCGGCAACGGUACCUUAUCAACACCGAGCACUGGGUGGGCUCUGGUCAAUUGGGCCCCAUUUUCUUAUACUGCGGCAACGAAGGCGACAUAGAAUGGUUCGCUGUCAACACCGGCUUCGUCUGGGAAAUAGCGGCUCGCUUUGGCGCAAUGAUCAUCUUCCCUGAACAUAGGUACUAUGGGGAGUCAAUGCCUUAUGGAAGUAGGGAGGAGGCUUAUAAGAAUGUCACUACUUUAGCGCAUCUAACUGCUGAGCAGGCUCUUGCUGAUUAUGCAGUAUUGAUCACUGAGUUGAAAAGGAAUUUAUCUGCUCAGGCUUGCCCUGUUGUGUUAUUUGGUGGAUCAUAUGGUGGGAUGUUGGCAGCAUGGAUGAGACUGAAAUAUCCCCACAUUGCCAUUGGGGCAUUAGCUUCUUCGGCACCAGUUCUUCAGUUUGAGGAUAUCGUGCCGCCUGAGAUAUUUUAUGACAUUGUCUCCAAUGAUUUUAGAAGAGAAAGCGUUGACUGCUUCAACACGAUAAAGAAGUCUUGGAAUGUAAUAGCAUCAGAAGGAGAGAAAAAUGAUGGACUUCUACGUCUGACCCGCACUUUUCGCUUCUGCAAGAAACUGGAAACUGCUGAUGAUCUUUCUAACUGGUUGUCUUCGGCUUAUAGUUAUUUGGCAAUGGGAAACUACCCAUAUCCUUCCGACUUUCUAAUGCCAAUGCCUGGAAACCCAAUAAAGGAGGUAUGUAGAAGGAUUGACAGUUGUCCAGAUGGGACUGGUAUCUUACAGCGCAUAUUUGAAGGAGUUAGUGUCUAUUACAAUUACACAGGAACAGUUGACUGCUUUGAUCUGGAUGAUGACCCUCAUGGUAUGACGAGUGGUUGGGAUUGGCAGGCAUGCUCUGAGAUGAUUAUGCCAUUUGCAAGUAGCAAGAAUACUAGCAUGUUUCCAGCAUAUGAUUAUAAUUACACUUCUGAGGAAGAGUUAUGCCUUGAGAAUUUCCAUGUCAAACCAAGGCCAACCUGGAUAACUACUGAAUUUGGUGGACAUGGAUUUAAGUCAGUCUUGAAGACCUUUGGGAGUAAUAUUAUAUUCUCAAAUGGUUUAUUGGAUCCUUGGAGUGGCGGGAGUGUUCUGGAGGAUAUAUCAGACACGAUUGUAGCUCUUGUUACAGAAAAAGGUGCUCAUCACCUAGAUUUGCGUCCGGCAACUGCUCAGGACCCUGAUUGGCUGGUCGAUCAAAGGACGGCUGAAGUCGAGUUGAUCAAAGGCUGGCUAGAGGAGUAUUAUGAGAAACGGAAGGCAACUUUUGAUUUGUGAAAGUGCUGAUUGGCAAAUUCCACUUAAUUAAACCUUUGAUAGUGGUGUUGUAUGUAUUCAAUAACACGGCAGCCAAAACUCACAUGGACACACGUUCUACUCACUCCACUUAGGUCGAGUUUGAGUAAGUUGUCUUGACAGGAGUCAAGUUGCACGAUUUAGUCUUAUAUGGUUCAACUCGACCCAUUUUCUUUACCUUUAAGUUUUGAAGUCAAACUCAGCUGAGUUGAGUUUCAAAAAUUAGCCGAGUUGAUAUACUCUUAAGAAGUCUUGUCAUCAAGAAUUUCGUUGUUUGGUUCCUUGUCAAUUCUCCCAACCCAUGUUCAGUUAUGGACGUUAUCGUGAUUUAAAAGUAGUAGUUGAAAUGUC